UCUGCAGGUUUUACGCCACUGUCGUUGAGACCUCCAAAUUGCAAAGAUUGCAGAUCGUUUGAAAGGCUUACACUACUUUUGUGAAAUCAUCUUGCUGCAGUCAUUCUGCUUUAGUUCUCUAAGUCACCCUAAGGAUCUUUAGAUAGUAAUUUACUUUGAUAGCACAUCAAACAUUCCACGCGACCAAUCAUAUUCCGUGGUGUCAUUAAAGUAUUUAGUAUUGAAAGGCUUUGAUCGCCUGCCAACAGUGGCAGGGAAAUCGCCGCGAUGUCUACACCCGCCAGGAAGCGCUUGAUGCGCGACUUUCGGCGGCUGCAGCAAGACCCUCCUCAAGGCAUUGAUGGCUCUCCAAACUUAGACAAUAUCAUGCUAUGGAAUGCAGUCAUUUUUGGACCUGAAGACACACCCUGGGAUGGUGGCACGUUCAAGCUGAGCCUGCAAUUCACUGAGGAGUAUCCCAACAAGGCGCCUGUUGUCAAGUUUGUGUCAAACAUCUUUCACCCAAACGUGUACGCAGACGGGGGCAUUUGCCUGGACAUCCUUCAGAACCAAUGGAGCCCGAUCUAUGACGUGUCCGCAAUACUAACUUCUAUCCAGUCUCUGCUGAGUGACCCCAACCCAAACUCCCCUGCCAACUCAGAAGCUGCGCGGCUGUACAGCGAGAACAGGAAGGAGUACAACCGGCGUGUCAAAGAGGUGGUGCAGGCCAGUUGGAUGGAGGGCACCAAUGGAAGUGCCCCCGCAGAAGAAGAGGAAGAGGAGGCUGAGCCUGCAGCUGCAGAGGAUGCAGCAGACACAGGCGCAGAGAAGGAGGAGAAGAGUGCAGCAGAGCCGAAAGACCAGGACAAGGACAAGAAGGAAGACGCCUGACUGGCCCUUCAGUCAUUUCUUGGCGAACAAAUCAUGUACGAUACUUUAGCACGUGGCAUGGCCAAAUUUUAGAAGGCAUGCUGCAUGUGAGACAACAUGUUAACCUCCCGUCAGGGGCGAGGGAAAAGACUGUGAGCAUCGCUGCAUAUAUUGACUUAGGCUGCGCUUCAAAUGGUACUGAUCACAAUCUCCCUCUAAGUGGAGGGCUAUGAGUCAAAGCCUAUGACGAUCAGCUCGGACUCGAUGACAUUGACAAGCAAUGGAUCUGGUAAUCUGGUGCAAUUUGAAAUCAACUUAGGAGCAUAACAAACAUUGCUGAGCUUUGAUACUAUUGACUUUGGGAUUCUGACUGACAUCAAACUUGGCAGGUAGAUGUGGCCUCUGUAAAGGUUACAAGCUUGCUUGAGGCACGCAGUCACUCAAUGGCAGACUGCUUUAUAAAAGUAAUUACAAGGGUUGUAAAUCUUUAAGCAGCAAUGUCAUAUGCCCUUGGGCUUAUACAGUACACUGAUCAUCACAUGAUCUGUAUGCAUACAUGGCACAGCAUUGAUUUGUGCAUCUAAAAAGACCAAGAUCUACUCUGCUCGCUUCUUGAUGGUCCACAUGCCGCCCUUGGAUGUACACAGCUCCUUCAUGGCCUUACUGUACAUCUUUUCAUCAAACGCGACCCCUGCAGCCGCUGCUGCACCCGCCACAUCUGACUUGCGCAAGAAGUCGCUGUCCUGCAGCAGGGAGAUGAUGAGGCUGCGCAGGGGAUCAUAGCUGGUGUUGCCAGUGAAGGCCUGGAUGAAGACCCCCUUGCAGUGCAGCACCAGCCCCGUGGCCACAAUGGCCUCCCGCAGCUGCACCACUGGGUAGUCUGCCAGCCCUUGCGCGACCCCAGCAUUCUUGUACUUCCUCAAAAACUCCCUCAUUUGCUCCUGGCUGAAGAGCGGAUAGGAUUUGCAGAAGGCGACCACAGUGUCUGCCAGGGCCUUUUGAGCGUCCCGGCUAAUGGACUCCGCCUUUGCCGGUAUAAAGGGCCUUUCCACGUGCGCCUGGUUGCUUGUGG